CAAAACCUAAAAAUCAGCGGCUUCACCCGAGCCCUAAAAAACUCAGCUUCACCGCCUCAACUCCCCAUUUUAUCCAUUCUGCCGCUAUUUACUCGUCUAUCUGUAUCUUCAUCGUUAACCUAUUCCAGACUUUAGACGUUGAUCACAUUAAAACUUUGAAUCUGCUUCAUCGACAUUAAUCAUGCCUCAAGGAGAUUACAUAGAGCUUCACAGGAAGCGAAAUGGGUAUCGCCUUGAUCACUUUGAUCGGAAGAGGAAGAAGGAAGCUCGUGAAGUUCACAAACGCUCCAAAACUGCACAAACGGCCUUAGGUAUCAAGGGUAAACAGUUUGCCAAGAAGCGAUAUGCAGAAAAGGCUUUAAUGAAAAAGACACUGGCUAUGCAUGAAGAAUCAUCACACAGACGCAAGGUCGAUGAUGAUGUUCAAGACGGUGCUGUACCUGCUUAUCUUCUUGACCGUGAUGCUACAACACGUGCAAAGGUUCUUAGCAACACAGUAAAACAAAAAAGGAAAGAGAAAGCUGGAAAGUGGGAUGUGCCUCUACCCAAGGUGAGACCCGUGGCUGAAGAAGAGAUGUUCAAAGUGGUCAGAACUGGUCCAAGGAAAACUAAGCAGUGGAAGAGAAUGAUCACAAAAGUGACAUUUGUUGGCCAGGGUUUCACGAGAAAACCUCCAAAGUAUGAGCGGUUUAUUCGUCCAACUGGUUUAAGGUUUAACAAAGCCCACGUGACACACCCUGAGCUUAAGUGCACGUUCAAUCUUGAGAUAAUCGGGGUGAAGAAAAAUCCUAAUGGCACAAUGUAUACAUCUUUAGGUGUUAUCACCAAGGGAACUAUCAUCGAGGUGAAUGUGAGUGAACUAGGUCUUGUAACACCUGCUGGGAAAGUUGUAUGGGGGAAAUAUGCUCAAGUGACCAACAAUCCGGAAAAUGAUGGGUGUAUUAAUGCAGUUCUGCUUGUGUAGAUGUUCAACCACAUGCUUUUUUUUCUGGUUUUGAGAAUUUUGUAAGCAUUCUAAUGUUUAUCUUUCGUAACACAUAUGGGAUUUUGAAUUUGGCUGUUAAUGUAUGCAAGACUUAUGACAGUAAUGAUUAUGAUUCUAAUGCAGUUUGUUAGAAAAUAA